AUGAGCAAUAUUUGUAAUCUUGCUCUUACCUUCAUUUUUAGGUUUUUAGCAAUUUUUCAUUCAUUCAGGCAAAUAAUGUCCAAAAAAGAUCGUCGUCGAGCUUUUUUCGAUAUAGCAGUCGAUGGUAACCUUAUAGGCCGGAUAGUGAUGGAAUUAUUCAAUGAUUUAGCACCACGAACAUGUCAUAACUUUUUAAUGCUUUGUACUGGCAUGGCUGGUGUAGGUAAGAUCAGUGGCAAACCUUUACAUUACAAAGGAUCUACUUUUCAUCGUGUGAUUAAAAAUUUUAUGAUUCAGGGAGGUGAUUUUACGAAAGGUGAUGGUACAGGAGGAGAGUCAAUAUAUGGUGGUAUGUUCGAGGACGAAGAAUUCGCCAUGAAACAUGAUGAACCCUUUGUCUUGUCAAUGGCAAACAAAGGACCAAACACGAAUGGUUCACAAUUUUUCAUAACUACUACCCCUGCACCACAUCUCAAUAAUGUUCAUGUGGUAUUCGGCAGAGUAAUUUCUGGUCAAGAAAUUGUAUCAAAAGUUGAACACUUGAAAACUAAUUCAAAAAAUCGGCCCUUAGCUGAUGUUGUUAUUUUGAACUGUGGAGAACUUGUGCGAAAGAAAAAGCGGUUGCACUCCACUAAUUCCAAUGAAUCCAGCAACUCUUCGACUGCAGAUAAAAAUCGUAAAAAGACAAAAAAAACUAAAGUGAAAAAAAAGAAACGGGAAAGUGGUGGUGAAGUAGAUAUUGCAGAAAUAAAUACUGUCCCUCAAGCAGAGUUGGAAAUAUCGAGUGUAAAGCCAAAUGAUUUGCCUGAAGAAUCCCAACAACAGAAUACGUAUCUUUUAAGGCGAUCAAAGACGCCACAAAACUUGAAAGAAAAAAAAGAUAAAAUAAGUCGUCCUACGAAGCGUUUUUCACGACGCAAUACAAAACAGCAUUCAAAUCGUAUGCGACGAACUCGAACUGGACACAAAAUCAAGGGACGUGGUGCUCUUCGCUUCAGAACCCCUGAAGGCAGUAGUGAUCUUGAUCGAAGUCGUACUCCUCCGCACUGGAGACGGGAACAGAAUCGUGUGAUAACACUUGAAGAAUUGCAUAAGUUACGAGAAAAAAAGAAACUGCAUGAAUUGGAAAAUGUUGAAAAUUUGCAAAGCACUGUAAAUGAAAAAGGAAAACCGGAACUGUCAUCAGCUGUGACCAAACAUCACGAGCGACAAGUAGAAAAGCUUCGUGGUAAACACGAAAAAGACAAAAAUCGCUAUGAACGUAGAUGGAAAAAAACGAGACGAACACCAGAGCGUAUAGCGAGGCAUUUUACAGAAGAGAAAAAAAGCAAAAUUGAUGAUAUUAGUAAUACUGAAAAUUUGAAACCUACAAGGAAGGAUCGUCGAGGCCACUUAUACAAAAAAAAGGAGAAAGUCGAAAGUCAUGAUGAGAGGGAAAGUGCAGCACAAGGGUUGGAUCUGGAUGAGCCAGCAAUUGAGGUUGUCUUAGACGGAGCAGAAGAGAUCAGGGAUAGUGAUGAUGAAGCUAUAAGAAAGCAGCUAUUAAGAGCCAAAGAAAUAGCAGAAGAAAAACUCAAACAAGGAAAAAAAGUGGCAGAAAAUGCUGUGAAUUGCAUUGAACAACAAUGUCAGAAAGCAGCUAAUUUUGGAAAACAAAAAGACAAUCCUGAAAAAGAAAAUCAUCAUCGAGAGCAAAAAAUUAAUGAUCACGAAAAACAGCUAGUCAGUACAAUCAAUAAAGGUGAUGAUCCAGGCGGAGGAACAGAAAGCAAGCAUCAUCAACAAGAAAUCAGAAAUAAAGACUCCAAAAAGCAAGUCGAUCGAAAAAGGAGGAGUCCGAGCAUUGAGAAAAGUAGUUUGAGACGAACAAGUCAAGAAAAAUGUGAAAAUUCAAAGCAAAAGAAAACUCCUGAUCGAAGUUCAAACAGUGACAACCCAGUCGACCAAGGGAGAUCUAUUCAAGAUUUGGAUCGAAGCAAUGGUUCCAAUGCAUCCUCAAAAAAGUUGGAAGAGAACAGUGCUGACAGUAAAGACGGUGAUUUGUUAGAAGAAACAGAUGCAAAUAUGCAACAGUCAAAGCGAAAGGAGAGUAAGGAGAGGAUUGAUGAAAAUUGUAAAGUUCGGAAAUUCGAUGACAAAACAAGUGAACGUGAACGAAAGGAAAGGAGCCGUAGUCAAAGACGCAAAAGUAGAAGCAUUAGUCGCAGGCGCCAAAGUUCAAUUCAUCGUUCAAGAUCUCGUGAUCAUCGUAUGAGGUCUAGAUCACGUUCAAGAGAUCGGAGACUUGGAAGAUGGCACCGUAGUCGACGACCAACAAGGAGAGAAUUAUAUGAUGAACGAAUGCGUCGCAGACGUGAAAGACGUCGGAGUUUUGAUAGAUAUUCAGAUAGGAGGCGCAGUAGAACUAGAAGUCGAAGUCGUAGUCGUAGUCGUAGUCGUAGUCGCAGGCGGGAUGAUGAUCGGGUUUUGUUUUAUGUAUUGAAAUAUAAGCGAGUUCGUUAA